CGUUUUUAUGGAGUGAAAAAGCACAGGAGACGCAAACACAGAAGAAACUGGGUGCGUUUGCAGUUGGGCAGUCGAGCUCGAUAGAAUCUGAAUUCUGAGAGGAGAAUUGGCCUUCCCAUUCCCUUCUGAUUUCACGCUUAUUUUCGCUCCCUGCUUCAUGAAUCCUUCUUCUGCUCCAUAUCCCAAUGCCAACAGCUACUUCUUCCCUUGUCCCCCUCAAAACCCUAACCUUGCUCCUAAUUUCUUCUUCCACUCUGUUCCCGAACGUCCUCCUCCACCACCGCCACCACAAAUUCCUCUGACCACCGCUACUCCGAAUCCCGAUCUCUCUGCCACUCUUUCAUCUCUCACUGACCUCCUUUCUCUGUCUGAUAAAACCCUCAAUUCUCUGUCAUCUCUCCUCCAUUCCAAAACUACCUCUUUGAAACAUCAAAAUGUUAACUUCGUGUCCUGCCCUUACAAUCCUCACCACAUCAUGCCGCCAGAAUCCCUCUUUUUGCAUUCUCUUCACUGCCCGUAUUCUCUCUCUGAAGACCCCACUUCUCUUAUUGAUUCUCUCUAUUACCCAAAAACCUUAAACAUCCAAAACCCUGACGAAAAUUUCAUUGCUCAAUCAAUUCAGCACUCCGACAAUGCUGAACUCUGCUUCUCUUUAGAUGGUUAUUUCAACGAGUUCCGUUCCAAUUUUUUUUACAACGAUUGCCCAGGUGUUGUUAAUUUCAAUGAUUUAGAGAGCUCAAAUAAAAUGUUUACUUUACCUGGUGUUUUAUCAGUAGACUGUGCAAAUUUUGUUGGUAAUAGAGAAGGCGAUAUUAAGUGUUUUGAUAAAAGUAGGUUUAGAGUAUUGCCAUCAGAUUUGUGGGCUGUUAGGAGAGAAGUUGAGGGUUGGGUCGACUAUCCUAGCAUGUACUCCUAUGGUGUUCUUUGUUCCAUUUUGCAAUUAAAUUUGAUAAAAUUUGGUGAUUUGAGGAGGUGGAUUAUUGCUAAUUCUCCACGUUACGGAGUGGUGAUUGAUGUUUAUAUGGCAGAUCAUAUGUGUGUGCUUUUUAGGCUUUGUUUGAAGGCAAUUAGAAAAGAAGCUUUGAGCGUUGUGGGUAAUGGAAUGAAUAUGAAAACUCUGAGCUUUAACUGUCCAGUUUUGGGUCAAGUUUUGAUGUGGAUUGCAUCACAGUUCUCCAUUUUGUAUAGUGAAAUGAAAGCGAAGUGCUUUGCUAUUCACAUUUUUAGGCACUGUGUAUUAGAUGUUGCUAAUGUGGUGGUGUUUCCCUUAGACUCUAAUUCGAGAGAAAGAUCAACAGAUGCUAAUCAUAGUGAUGCACGUGAUGUUAAAUUUGGAGAACCUCUUGAAGGAAUUAUAGAGUCUAAAGUAGGUACAGAAAUGGAUGAAAGUGCUGAUGGAGAAGUGAUUUUUGUGUCUCAAGUGGCAGCUUCAAUUGCAGCAUUGCAUGAACGUUCAUUACUAGAAGCAAAAAUAAAGAGAUUACGGAUGCCUCAAUCCUUACCAAGACAUCAGCGGAUGUGUGAGCAUGAUUAUGUAUCAAAAAGAUCAGAUGAGGAGCGUAAGAAACGUUCUAACUACAAAGCUAUUAUUGAGCAUGAUGGCCUGCCUUCGAGGCAAUCAAGUAACCAGGAAACAAGCAAGACUAAGACUAGAGAGGAGUUGCUGGCUGAAGAGAGGGAUUACAAACGCCGAAGGAUGUCAUAUCGUGGGAAGAAGUUGAAAAGGACAACUUUGCAGGUGAUGCGGGACAUAAUAGAUGAAUACAUGGAGGAAAUCAAGCAAGCUGGAGGGAUUGGUUGCUUUGAGAAGAUAGCUGAAGAGGAAGGGAUGUCCGCGAAGCCACCAUCCACUGCUGACAUUGCUGUGGAUGUUAAUGAAGCAAGAAAAUGUCAUAGCAAGUCUUCUGAAGCAAUAAUAUCUGUUCCAACUCAUUAUAAUUUGCACUCUGAUCAUAGCAUCAGAUCUACAACUUCCAUGCAUGCUUCACAUCAAUAUUCUAUGCAAAGGCGACAAGAUUAUAAUAGGCACAAUAAACAAGUAGAAUAUCCAAGAAGUGGCAGUCGAGACAGACAUGAUAGAGAAUUCUAUUCUGGAAGUCAAGAAAGGCAUAGAAGUCAUGGCAUGUUGCAUGAACAAAGUAACUACUAUGGAGAACGAAAUGAUGUGGAGACGACCAGUACCAAACAUCAUGAAAAAAGAUCUUCUAGCAAGGCCAAAUAUGAAAAUUACAAGUCAUCUCAUUCUUUGCUAGAUUCUGCUAGUAAUUGUGGUGUACAGAGGGAUGAUGAACAAUUGGCUGUUAGGGAUAGACAUCUAAGAAACUCGUAUGGGAAUCGUAGUUCAAAUGUUCAGGUAAAAAAUGAAUUUGAGGACAGAUACAACCCUGCAGAAUCUCACGACACAUGUGAAGAUGCUUUCUACACUGGCAACAAGCAUGUAAGACCCCAAGAAUUCCAUGAAUAAACUAGCAGCGAUUUUGCAAAUGCUGUGAAGACUUCAUGAUUAUCCUGGGAAAUUCCAACUAGUUUCCUGACGUGGUUUCUUUCACAUAACUUUGCAGUAGGAAAUCACCAGGCUUCUGCAAUUUUAUCUACAUCUGUAUCCUCCUUUGUAUCCUUGACUCUUUCUCUUUUUUUUUUCUCUUUUUUUUUUUUUGCCUUUUUUCGGUUCCCCCUUUGUGGUUCAUUUGAUAUGGGAGAUGACUCAUUUUAUUAUCCUUUUACCUUUCUGAACCAACAUUAACAUAUAGCAAGAAAUCCUAGUAAGGUUUUUAUCAACACGAAGACAUUAUAGAUAUCAGAUUAGUUAGAUUACCUUAUUGCCAAAAACAGCACAUAACCAAUCAGCAGGGUUUUCAGGUUUGGUUCGGGUGUCACAGUUUAAAAUUCUUUGAUCUUCCCGGAGAAAGCUGGAUUUAUGACUUGACUUUUUUUAUGUUCAAUUUUAUCUACAUUUUGGAGCUCUUUUUAAUCUCUCUAUACAUCCAAAAGUGUAUUAUCAUUGUUGAAUUUGCUUAUAGCUUGCGUUGCUGCUUGUAGAUGACAAGAGUAGGCGAAUAUUUUCCAGAGAAUGGUUUUUGCAGCUACAAUUUCCAUAUGGUGUUGAAAGAAGACUGACAAUGAAAUGACAGAAUUUCUCACUGCGGUUAGAUUAUUUUUUAGGAAUUUUUCAGCAAAGGCUUUACCUUUUUAAUGGUUUCACAAGGGAUAUACUGAUAUAGAACUGAAGCUAUUGCUCAUCCGCCUUUUUUUCUUUUUGUUAGAAUAUUCCCGCCACCUGAGGUUUUCUUUAACCCACUUGACCUUUUUAUUUUAAUUUGUAAGACGGAAUGACACUAGUAUUUAAUAUUGACUGUGAUUAUGUAAUUUCCUAUUUUCAUUUGUCCUAAGCUAAACUGCUUUACUAUAGUGAAGCCUCAUUUUGAAA